AUGUGGAGCUGCCUGCGGUCUCUGCAGCCAGGCUUCGUGGUGCAGCUCAUCCGGAGGUUCGAAUUCAAUCACAAGCUAUGGGCAGUCCGAUACUACUUUGGGCCGGGCACAAGCUCCGAGCAUGUUCCUCGGCUGAGCGCGGCUGGCUACGUUGGAGCGGUACUGGCAGAGACGACACCGCUCGUGAUCCAGGCCAUACUCAUAUACGUCGGCUCGACAAACUUUGACCGCCAUGGGAAUCUGUUGAUACAGUUUUGGAUCAUUGGGCUCUUGCCUAGUUCCGUGACGGGGCUGAGUAUGAUGCUGGUCAGCUGUCUUCCGAGGUCUGCCUGGCGGGUGGCAUCGCUCGUCUUUUUCCUGACUUUUCUGGCAUUGAGCACGUCGCUGACCGUCGCAUCGGCCUUUACCGCCCGCGGGUACGGGGUGUUCAAGUGGAGAGCGCCGUUUGGCAUCGUCAUGGCCGCCAUGUGGCUGCUGCACAUGGUGCUCUCCAUCGUGGUCGGCUUCCAGUGCAGCAAGGGCGUGCACUGCAUCGCCCUGCUGCUCACCGCGGCACUGAGAGUCGCCCCGAUGAUUCUGCUAGCUGUCCCACGGGGCGCGUACACCAUGCCAUACCCCGGCGUCAACACGCUGGCAUUUUCCAUAUCGAUAAGUGUUAUUGCCGGUGCAGUGGUGUUUGCGCUGGGAGCCGCGGCGCUUGUGCGCUGUCCGGUGUGGGAUAGGCGACAUAUUCUGACGAGACGGCGGCGGCGGAACAGGCGUAAUCCGCGCAAUCCGCGUAACCGCGAGAGUGAUGGCCAAGGUGGUGGAGGAGGGACCGGAGGGGGCGAGGGAGGAGGCUGGAAUUUUGACAGUGGAGGUGAUGGAGAUGGUUACGGCGGCGGGGGUGGUGAUGGAGGGGGAGGUGAUGGCGGAGGAGGAGGAGGAGGAGGUGACGGCGGCGGCGGCGGCGGCGGCGGUGGCGGCGAUGGGGGUGGGUGA